CGGCUCAGUGAACGGUCUGGGCUGAGCGUUAACAUGACAAGAGUAAGAGUUGCGGUAGUUGCUCUUGCCCUCCUUGGCAUUGCUGCUGCCGAGCGGGUUAAGAGGCAGGCAGUUUCAGACACGACCGAGGAUGAGAGCGAAGCCUUCAAGAGGGAGCUUUGCAAGGACAAGGGCGCCGGAGAGUGGUUCCGUCUCAGCCUGGGUGACUGUCGCGAUGUGAUCCAGUGCACUGAUGCCGGUCUUCAGGCGCUGCGUUGCCCCCACGGUCUGGCCUUCAACCUGGACCAGCAGACCUGCGACUGGAAAGCCAACGUCAAUAACUGCGACAGGAAAGAGAAGACGAAGGUCGUGAAACCUCUCUUCAACACCGUCGAACCCCUCUGCCAGGAAAACCAGUUGGCGUGCGGUGACGGCACCUGUCUGGAUAGGCAGGUCUUCUGUGAUGGAAAAGAAGAUUGUACCGAUGGUUCUGACGAGACCGCAUGUGACGUGAAAAAUGACCCCAACAGCGCCCCCAUCUGCAACAUCGAGGAUUGCCGCCUCCCCGAUUGCUACUGCUACAACGACCCUAACGAGAUGCCUCACAACAUGCAGCCUUCCGAAGUGCCUCAGAUGGUCACCAUCACUUUCGACGAUGCCAUCAACAUCAACAACAUGGACCUGUACGAGCUCAUCUUCAAGCAGCGCUUCAACCCCAAUGGCUGCUCCAUCAAGUCCACCUUCUUCGUUUCCCACAAAUACAACAACUACACUGCCACUCAGGAGAUGCACCGUCUGGGUCACGAGAUCGCUGUUCACUCCAUCACUCACGCAAACAACGAGACCUUCUGGUCCCACGCAAGCGAAGACGAGUACGAACGCGAAAUGGGUGGUGCCCGCGUCAUCAUCGAACGCUUCGCCAACAUCACCGACCAGUCCAUCAUCGGCAUGCGUAAUCCCUUCCUCCGUGUGGGCGGCAACAGCCAGUUCAGGAUGAUGGAGAAGAAUACCUUCCUGUACGACUCCACCAUCACUGCCCCCCUGUCCUCCAAGCCCCUGUGGCCCUACACCCUGUACUACCGCAUGCCCCACCCCUGCCACGGAAACCUCCAGAACUGCCCCACUCGCUCCUUCGCGGUGUGGGAGAUGGUCAUGAACGAGAUGGACCGUCGCGAGGAGCCCACCUACGGGGACGGCCUCCCUGGUUGCCACAUGGUUGACUCCUGCUUCGCCACCAAGCCCGAGCCCGAGCAGUUCUACAACUUCCUGCAGAACAACUUCAACCGCCACUACCAGUCAAACCGCGCUCCCUUCGGUCUGUUCUUCCACUCUGCCUUCCUGAAGAACAACCCCGACAUCCUGGACACUUUCCUCUACUGGUUGGAUGAGACCCUGAAGAACCAGAAGGACGUUUACUUCGUCACCAUGACUCAGGUCAUCCAGUGGAUGCAGGACCCCCGCCCCGUCGGCCAGUUGAACAACUACGAGGCCUGGAAGGAGAAGUGCGUCGUCGACGGCCCACCCUUCUGCUACGGCGGCAACAACUGCGAGCUGGACACUGACGAGCUCCCCGGCCAGACCCUCCACCUGUCCACCUGCAUGCGGUGCCCCAACAAUUACCCCUGGACAAGGGACCCAUUGGGCGAGGGAUUCUUCUAAAGAGCAGUCGCUGUCGCCUUUACGCUGCGCCCUGCCCCCUGGGUGAGCCAGGCCCCCUCCCCUAGGGGUGCAGUUGCUCACUUGUAAAUAUUGUUUUAUAAUUUGUACAUGAUUGUGUCUAGGCAAGAGUCGCCGUGUUCCAUUCUGACACCCGUCUGUCAGUUACGGCGCCAUGGCAUACCGAGACAGGUCAGCUAGUUGCCACGGCGAAGAACCAUGACAGGCUGGGGCAGGUCCUUCCAGUGGGACCACGCAGGGUCGAAUCCCCGCAAGAAGACCCUAAACCUGGGAAGAUUCCAGCGGGCGGGCCCCUACCAUAUUUAUUGGAGCUGGAGGAGCCCUCUUUCCUUCCUUUUCACGCAUCCCAUAACCUUUCCUACCCCCCUCCCCCUUAGAUCUCUCGUCUAUAUAUUUUUUUUUCUUUUCCUUUUUUUUCUUUUUUUAUGAUUAUCAUCAUUAUUUUUUUUUACCGGGCCAACACUAAAAAAUAACAACAGAAAACACCGCGCCUCCAGAAACCCCACCAUCAUCUACGCACAACUGAGGUUCAACCUAGCUGUGAUGAUCGUCUAGAAGUAGAGCGUCACUUGUUUUUACCUUCCAUAUUAUGUUUAAAUGUUACCCAAUAAAAAAAUAUUAUUCCUCAA